UUAAAAAAGUUUCAGUCAUUCAGUGAAUAUUAACAAACUUUUUAGUUAGAGCAAAGAAAAUAAUAUUUACAAAGUAACCCCUCAGCCAAAAUUAACAAAACUACCCUCUCCCUUUGCUCUCUUUCUCAACAAAACACACAUAAAAAGAAAAGGAAAAAAAAACUCAAAACUCCAGUAGAAGGCUAUCAUCAUCUCCGCCGCGGUUUCCUUUCUUUCCACUACUUCGUAGCAAUCGAUGUUCCCAACGCCGAUGAAGGGAGGUGUCGAUGGCGGCUUCCACAUUAUUUUAGCGUUUGGCGAUUGGAAAUCUAGGGCUUGCGCUUCAGACUAUAACAAUGUGAAACGACGACGUUUCAAUUUUCAGCGGUAAAGGUAGUUGUUUCCGACGUGGCUGAUUAAGAGAGCCACAUCAGCAAGUCAGUUACCGUUUGAGUGUUUUGGCAGAAUGUUUUUUAAAGGAAGGUGUUCUCGGGUCAAAACCUGAUAUGGGUUAUGCUACUGUUGGUACAACUACGUGGAUACAAAUGCUGUAUUGAAAAAGAAAGGAAAGCUUUGUUGGAGCUCAAGAAAUACAUGAUCUCAAAAACUGCAGAUUGGGGCCUUGACUCUGUUCUCCCUACUUGGACUAAUGAUACAAAGAGCAAUUGUUGUCGCUGGGAGGGCCUUAAGUGCAAUCAAACAAGUGGGCGGAUUAUCGAGCUUUCCAUUGGUCAGACGAACUUUAAAGAGAGUUCUCUUUUAAAUCUUUCUUUGCUGCAUCCGUUUGAAGAGCUUCGAAGUUUGAACUUAUCCGGGGAAAUAUACAACGAAUUCAAUGGCUUGUUUGAUGAUGUUGAAGGUUAUGAAAGCUUAAGGAGAUUAAGAAACCUGGAGAUUUUGGAUCUCUCUUCAAAUAGUUUCAACAACAGCAUCUUUCCCUUUCUUAAUGCUGCUACAUCACUUACAACUCUUUUUAUUCAGAGUAACUACAUCGGUGGCCCCUUACCUAUUAAAGAACUUAAAAACCUUACAAAGUUGGAGCUGCUGGACCUCAGUAGAAGUGGAUAUAACGGCUCCAUCCCAGAGUUUACUCACCUGGAAAAGCUGAAAGCUCUGGAUCUAAGUGCCAAUGAUUUUUCCAGCUUAGUGGAAUUGCAAGAACUAAAGGUUUUGACGAACUUGGAAGUCCUGGGUCUUGCUUGGAAUCAUCUCGACGGACCAAUACCAAAAGAAGUUUUUUGUGAAAUGAAGAAUUUGCGUCAGCUUGAUCUCCGUGGAAAUUAUUUCGAAGGUCAGCUUCCUGUGUGUUUAGGUAACUUGAACAAGCUGCGGGUUCUUGAUCUCUCAUCAAACCAGUUAAGUGGAAAUCUACCAGCUAGUUUCAAUAGCCUCGAGUCCCUCGAAUAUCUAUCAUUGUCAGAUAAUAACUUUGAAGGCUUCUUCUCACUCAAUCCACUCGCCAACCUCACAAAGCUCAAGGUGUUCAGACUUUCGUCAACAUCUGAGAUGUUACAAGUAGAGACAGAGAGCAAUUGGCUGCCAAAAUUUCAACUGACAGUUGCUGCACUACCCUUUUGCAGCUUGGGGAAAAUCCCUAAUUUUCUCGUCUACCAAACAAAUUUGCGUCUAGUUGAUCUAUCCAGCAAUAGAUUAUCCGGAGACAUUCCUACCUGGCUGUUGGAGAAUAAUCCAGAGCUUAAAGUCUUACAGUUGAAGAAUAAUUCCUUCACUAUCUUUCAGAUUCCUACAAUAGUGCAUAAGUUGCAGGUCUUGGAUUUUUCAGCAAAUGAUAUCACCGGAGUGCUCCCUGAUAAUAUUGGCCAUGUGCUUCCAAGGCUGCUACAUAUGAAUGGAUCUCAUAAUGGGUUUCAAGGGAAUCUUCCAUCGUCCAUGGGUGAGAUGAAUGACAUUUCAUUCCUGGACUUGUCUUACAAUAAUUUCUCUGGGGAGCUACCUAGAAGCUUAUUAACAGGUUGUUUUUCAUUAAUAACCCUGCAGCUCUCUCACAACAGUUUUAGUGGCCCUAUUCUUCCAAUACAAACGAGACUAACUUCAUUGAUCGUAUUGAGGAUGCAUAACAACCUAUUUACCGGAGAGAUCGGAGUCGGUUUGCGUACCUUGGUUAAUUUGUCAAUAUUUGAUGCGUCGAACAAUCGUCUCACAGGUCUUAUCUCAAGUUCGAUACCCCCCGACUCGUCUCAUCUGAUUAUGUUAUUGCUAUCAAACAAUCUCUUAGAAGGUACGUUGCCACCUUCUCUGCUAGCCAUUCAUCAUCUUAAUUUUCUGGACCUCUCUGGAAACCUAUUAUCUGGAGACCUACCGUCGUCAGUUGUUAAUUCUAUGUACGGGAUAAAGAUAUUCCUUCAUAACAACAGCUUCACGGGGCCACUUCCUGUCACGUUGUUGGAAAAUGCUUACAUACUUGAUUUGCGGAAUAAUAAACUCUCUGGGAGUAUCCCACAGUUUGUCAACACCGGGAAAAUGAUAACUUUAUUGUUGAGGGGGAACAAUUUAACAGGAUCUAUACCAAGGAAGCUGUGUGAUUUGACCAGCAUCAGACUUUUAGAUCUUUCAGACAACAAGCUCAAUGGCGUCAUACCUCCAUGCCUCAAUCAUUUAUCAACUGAAUUGGGAGAAGGGAUUGGGUUGAGUGGCUUCUCUCAGGAGAUUAGCUUUGGAGACAGCCUUCAGAUGGAAUUUUACAGAUCCACAUUUUUGGUAGAUGAGUUCAUGCUAUACUAUGAUUCUACAUAUAUGAUUGUUGAAAUCGAAUUUGCAGCAAAGCAAAGGUAUGACUCUUUCAGUGGAGGAACACUUGACUAUAUGUAUGGGUUGGAUCUAUCAAGCAAUGAAUUAAGUGGUGUUAUCCCAGCAGAGCUUGGAGAUCUCUCGAAACUACGAGCCCUGAAUCUAUCUCGCAAUUUAUUGUCGAGUUCUAUACCAGCUAACUUCUCCAAACUGAAGGACAUUGAGAGCCUUGAUCUUUCUUAUAACAUGUUACAGGGAAACAUUCCUCACCAACUAACCAACCUCACUUCUCUUGCUGUUUUCAACGUCUCUUUCAACAAUUUAUCAGGAAUCAUUCCUCAAGGAGGACAGUUUAACACCUUCAACGAUAACAGCUACUUAGGAAAUCCUCUUCUUUGUGGGACACCGACCGAUAGAAGUUGUGAAGGUAAGAAGAACACAAAGGAAGCAGAUAACGGAGGAGAAGAAGAAGAAGAAGAUGAUGAUGAUGAAGCUGCUAUUGACAUGGUGGUCUUGUAUUGGACUACUGGUUCAACUUAUGCGAUUGCGUUGAUCGGCAUUCUUGUACUUAUGUGCUUCGAUUGUCCUUGGCGUCGGACAUGGCUCUGCAUUGUCGACGCUUUCAUAGCCUCUGGGAAAAGUAUGUUUUCUUGAAACCGUUUCAGCUCAGUUAUUGGAUAUUCCUUACCAAGCAAAAGCUUGAAUACAAUGUGUGUCUUAAUAUGUGUUUUGAUUUUACCUUACGUAGCUAUUUGAUUAUUUUGUAUGGACUGAAAUUCCUUUCUUUGUCAAUUAAGGGUUUUUUUUCUGU